AUGUUGCACUCUUCUGACCCUGCCACCCAGCGCAUAGCCCGUCAGCAGCUCCGUCAGAUUGCAGAGGCCCGCUAUAAGCUGGACGUUCUGGUGUGGAAGGACCGUGAGGAGGAGCUGGGCGAGCUCCUUCUCAACAGCAAGCUGGGGACGUCGGACCCAGCCCCGCCCAAGCGUCGAAAUGGGGACAUAGGGUCGCUGUGGUUCGACGUCCGUGGUCACCUUCACCGCUUCGGCCUCAAGUUCGAGAUGGCUCCGGCGGUGGAGGAGACAGGGACCCCGGCGCAAAGGUUGCAGCUUCGCGUGCCCCACCACGAUGGUUGGUUGGACCAUAGGGAUGUCCUUCGGCACGUGAAGCUGCACCUCAAGACCAGGCACUGGCAGCGAUGGGCCGCGAUGACGGAUCAAGGCAAGGCUGCUCGCACCCUUGGUGGUGCUGGGAGCGCCUUCCUUUCGCGGCCCCGAGGGCUUUGGGAGAGCGACUACCGCUUCGCGGUGGGUGGUCGUCUCAACCAGCUCGACACGCACAGUGUCCUCAAGCGCCGGCGUCUUCGGACGCACGACAAGUGUCGAUUCCCUGGCUGCUCAAGGACCGAGACGCUGGCACAUGUGUUGAAUCACUGUGCCGGCACCAUGGAUGCAGUCCGCACCCGCCACGACGACGCUCUGACGAUCAUUGAACGGGCGAUAGCGUCGUCGGCGGGUGAUCGGAAGGAAAGGGUUGAGCUGAGGGUUAACCAAACCGUACCCUCGCUCCCCGGACCUACUCUGCGGCCGGACUUGCAGGUCUACAACCACACCACACGUUCGGUGUCGGUUGUAGACCUUGCGGUGGCGUUUGAAGACCAAGCCACGGACGACCCAAGGACGUCGUCGCUCGCGCGGAUUGCUGAGCUUAAGCGCACCAAGUAUGGCUGCAUCAAGCGACACCUAGAGCGUCAAGGUUGGACGGUCCACCUUUCAGCGCUCGUCUAUGGUUCGCUUGGCGCAGUCGCCGGUGGUAACCUUGCGGUUUACACCGAUCACCUUGGCGUGCUGAAUCGCGAUGCGAAGCGGCUGGACAGGCACCUUUCUGCUGAGUGCAUUAAGUCCAGCCGCCGCAUAUGGAAUUUGCACUGCGGCCAGCACCGCGAGCGACAGAAUGGUCACGAUCAAGCUCAAGGUCCAAGUCAAGCCCACGUUCAAGGCCGAAGACAUGGACGCUCAAGACAAGAUGCAAGGGGCAGUCGGGUGACGGAGACCGGGGGGACUCCGUCCCAUCGAGGCCGCCGCUAA